AUGGCACAUCCCCUCACACCAUACCAAGAAACGCGAUCUCACAAAGCAAACCGCCUGCAAGGGAAGCCACUUCCCUCCUCAGGAUCUGCUCUUCAUGGCAAUGGAAAUAUGAUGCUGGAUCAGAAUGUUAUACUUGGUGUACUGGACACCCUCAAAGGAGACAUGCCACCGAAAGUUCUCGCCUAUAUCAUUCGAAUGCCUCACGGGCAGAUGAAAUCGCUCGCUUUCCUUCUCGGACAAGUCCAGAAUGGCAUUGAUAUUGACUGGCUGAGCGAUGUCAUUCUCUCCGAAGACCCUAGUCAUCAACAGCAACCUCCUCGGCCCUUGACACCUUCGGCACUCGUGAGGCGGCAUCCUUCUGUGCAAUCUGGACACUCACAAAUGACUGACUGGUCUGGGAAUACAUACCUUGCGCCAACUCUUGGCUCUCAUGAAAGCUGGCAACUUCCAGGCUGCUCGUCAACCAAAGAGAUCCCAGAAGAGAACAACUCAUUGUAUGGAGCUCUAGACGAUGGCACACUCUAUCACCCAUAUCCUGCCAAUUACGCAAAUCCGACUUUGGCUUUUGAAACUCCUGUACCAGACAAAUUACACCACAUGCAGCCGAUUCACAGUCAUCCCUCCGUAUCGGUUGACGUUGACCAGGAUCUGGGCCCUACUCAUCAAUAUCCGCUAAACUGUCAGUCGUUCCUGCUCGAAGACGAGGCAGAACCUUAUGAAGGCUCACCUAAACAAUCGGUCCCCUCUUCAAGCUCGAAUUGCCCUGGCUUUCAUGAGCACAGCCCUGCAGGCUUCAACUAUUAUCAGUCGUUCGUUCCAACGUCGACAUCAGAGUCGAGAACGCUGUAUUCUGGCCCUACGUACUACCGUGGAUCACAGAAGACUGGUCCGACGACGGAAUCUGAGAGGGCCUUGCUCAAUAAAAUUCUCAAGACCUCAUCUAUGGCCUUCAUCGACUACCAGCAUCCACAGCGAUCAGAGGAAAUAUGUCGCUCGAAGCCGAACACGAUCGACCCUUCGAAUAUCUGUGUUCACAUUGUGCCUUCAGUACCUAUCGGUAUGCGCAUUUUCAAAGACACCACACAACGGCACACAAAAAUUGCUCGACUGAACAGCCUGAUGCAUCCACAGAUUCACCUUGCCGUCAAGUUCGAUCUACAGGCCCUUUGA